AUGGACAGAAUUGACGUGGCGAUUGUUGAUAUACUGAGCACCGACGGAAGAGCGUCGAACGCUCAGAUCGCCCGUCAUGUUGGUGUCAGUGAGGGAACCGUCAGACGGCGCCUUAAAAGGAUGGUGGAAGAGGACGUUGUCCAGUUCCGGGUCAUCUCCGACCCCAAGGGCCUGGGAAGAAUGUCUCAGUGCAUGGUUGGGGUGACAGUAGAACCGUCCGAAGUGGAUGCGGUGCUGGCACAGGUGUGCAGUCGGGAAGAAGUAACCUUUGCCGCCUGUACAACUGGCAGCUAUGAUCUGAUGUUGUGCAUAAGCGUCGACAGCUCAGACAAGCUGGGUGAUUUCCUGCUGACCGAUCUCGGCUCCAUCCCGGGCAUACAUCGGAUUGAGAGCUAUUUGCUGCUAUCCGUGGGCAAGGACAGCCUGGGCCAGUUUGCCGGCUAA